UUCCGUGUGGCUGCCUCGAGAGUUCCUCGUUUCCUUGCGAUCCGCUCGUGUGAAUACUUCAGACCAUCAGUGAUUGUUCUAAAAGAGACCCAAAUUCAGCUCAGACGUUGGGCAUUGCUUGGUUGUAGGGGUGCGAGGCGUGCAAGAUGGGGCGUCUUUGUCGGUACUGGGUCGGUUGGUCUUGCUUUAAGCGCAAGUAUCGCAUUCUGCUUAUCACCAGGGGAAUUGUGGCGCAGAAAGGGGUUAAGUCACUCGAGAGAAAAUUUCCCCCACCAGAGAAAGAGAAGGAGAGACAAGGUGUUAUAGAGCGAUUAUGUAAACUGGCUAGAGAAGAUGAUGUUGAAGGGCUCAAGAGGCUGAUCAAACAAGGGCAUGAUGUGAACCAAAAGCACCCUCUUGGAUGGACAACAUUACAUACUGCAGCUGUUAAUGGCAAUCAGUGGACAGUCGCUGCUCUAAUAGAGCUUGGUGCUGACUUAAACGUAAGGGAUGACUUCAGCACAGUUUACAAGACUGCACAGAAAAGACACAUGAGAUCUUUAGAAGUAUUAAUACAGAGGGAGACAUAUUUCAGUGAUCAAUUGAACAAAGGAGCUGACUUUUCUGGAUUUACUCCUCUGCAUUAUGCAGCUCUGAGUGAUAGCUAUGAGUGUGUGCAUUUACUACUUCAAGCAGGUGCUGAUCCGACAUUAAAAGAUGAUUCUGGGCAUCUGCCAAUCAGCUACUGUGGCAAGGAGAAUAUUAAACAGACAUUACAGGAAUACACUGAAAAGUAUGAGAAACUGAAAAAGCAAAAGGAAGCUGAAGAAAGGAGAAGAUAUCCGUUGGAGCAAAGGCUCAAGGAACACAUUGUGGGACAGGAGGGGCCCAUUCUAGUUGUUUCAGGUGCCAUCAGAAGAAAGGAGAAUGGUUGGCAUGACGAAGACCACCCCCUUGUGUUUCUUUUCCUGGGUUCCUCUGGAAUCGGAAAAACAGAGCUUGCUAAACAAGUUGCCCACUACAUUCACAAAGAUAAUAAAAAGGGUUUUAUCCGACUGGAUAUGUCAGAGUACCAAGAGAAGCAUGAGGUAGCCAAGAUGAUUGGCGCUCCCCCUGGAUAUAUUGGCUAUGACCAAGGAGGACAACUUACAAAAAAACUGAAGGAGUGUCCCAAUGCUGUUGUUCUUUUUGAUGAGGUGGACAAGGCCCACCCAGAUGUUCUAACAGUCAUGCUACAGCUCUUUGAUGAGGGUCGACUUACAGACGGGAAAGGGAAGACCAUUGAAUGCAAAGAUGCAAUAUUUGUGAUGACUUCUAAUCUAGCAAGCAAUGAGAUUGCCAAUCAUGCUCUGGAGUUACGAAAGGAGGCAGACAUGGCUGCAGCCCAGAGACAAGAUGACCGAGCAAUGAGUGAACAAAUAACAAUAUCCAGACGAUUUAAAGAGCAAGUGGUUCAGCCGAUUUUAAAAUAUAAUUUCAAGCGUGAUGAGUUCUUAGGGAGGAUCAAUGAAAUUGUAUAUUUCCUUCCAUUUUCAAGAUCUGAACUUAUAAAACUUGUCUCUCGGGAAUUGGAAUCGUGGUCAAAGACAGCCCUGUCUAGGCAUGACAUCAGGAUUACAUGGGAGCGAGAUGUCCUUGAUGUGUUAGCGGAUGGCUACGAUGUUCACUACGGGGCACGAUCUAUAAAGCACGAGGUGGAAAGAAGAGUCGUCAAUCAACUCGCCGCUGCUCAUGAGAGGGAGUUAAUAGGCUCAGGAAGUUCCCUUCAUUUGAUUGUCGACUACCCCGAUAAUACACCAGAAGAUGGCAAAGACAUUUCACCAGUUAUUAGAGUUCAACUAUUACAGGAUGGCAGCCGAAGAAAUAUAGAUGUACAGAACUACUUCUCGCCCGACAACGAUAGAUUGUUAUUCUAAAUGAUGCCAAUCUGAAAUUGCCUGGACUACUGUUAACAUUGAAAUGAUAUAACCACAUUUGCUAACUGCUAGGAGGUCUCAUUCUGUAUUUCUUGGAGCGUAAUAAGGUAAUAGCGUUGAUGUCUAGUGUCAGAAGAUGGGAUUGGCCAUGCGCUCAACAGCCAAACUCCAUCCCCUGCUCAGAAGCAGGCCCGUAGCCAGAAUUUUGAGAGAGGUUUUUUCAUUUGAGCGGACCAAAUUUCCGGUAUACCCCUCUCCUCGCCUUAUUACUUCAAAUAAAUUCAAUAUUUUUAUAGCCAUUAUUAUAGUCAUUUUAAAGAUAUAUUGGAUGUGCACGGUAUAUCCAACCAAACGUUAUAUACUUUUUUUGUUAACUCUGACCGGACCCCCCCCCCCCCCCCCCCACUUGCUACGGGCCUGAGAAGGUUACCCCUUGUGGCAGAAAACACAUCUUUCUUCUAAAAAGGUUACUGCACAAUGAUAAUUUUCUCACAACUAAAAUGUCAAUUGUAUGUUGAUGAUCUAAUGAAAUCUAUGCUGCUAAAGCUGUCACUGGGAGAAGCAAAACACAUAACAGCCGAACCUUUCCUACUUCUCAGGAGGUAACUACUGUUUACCAAAUUACACAAAUGUGUGAGUUCUUUGUCGCGACUUGAUUUGGGAUUACUCCUUGUACUCUGUAUCGUUUCUAAUGAGAUCCAUGGAUUACUCCUUGUUGUCAAUAGAUCCAUUCUAGCAAAAUUACCACGAAAGCAAGCCCUAGCAUGCUAGGCAGGCCCACACCGGAUCCGGCAGAGCAAACACCAAGCGUCUUUCGCUCACUUGGGGACGUCUUAUCCCAGCGUUUUAUGAAGCUAGUACACCGAUCCAUAGAUAGACGGUUCAUGCGAGACUUGUACCCUAAAAUGAAAAAAAUUAAACAAACGUAAACUGU